UCAAAAACAAUAAAAAUGUUGAUCAAAAGGUAUAAGCAAGCCUGUCAACGGUUUAGCAUCAUGCCAAUUCAAGCAGUCGAGAAACAAAUCAUGGUAUUUAAGUUUUUUUUUAUUCCAUCCUUUUCGUUUAUGAUUAUCUUUUCUACACGAGUGCAGUUUGACACAAUUGAUUUUGAACAUACAAAUAUGGAUGAUGAUGCAGCCGUGUGUUUGGCUGAAAUGCUCGAUUUUUAUGAUUCAGCAGUUAAACUGAAUUUAUCUUUCAAUAAACAAAUCAAACUGCGAGGUUGGCAGGCUCUUUUUAAAUGUGUAUCUCUAAAACUGCUUAACUUGCGAUAUACCUCUUUUUCUGAGCAGGCGGUACCAUCAUUAGCUCGAGCAUUGAAAACUCAGCCUUCAUUAACCAUAUUACAUCUGGAGAAUGUUUCGCUAUCAGGCAAAAAUUUGCUGUUGCUUGUUUGCGCUUUGAAAACAAAUAAUGUAUUAAGAGAACUUUAUUUGGGUGAUAAUAAUUUGCAUCCCACUGAUGGUGCUCAUUUGUAUCAGCUAAUUUUGUCAAAUACUUCGCUUCAGAUGCUAGAUCUGAGAAAUAAUCAGCUGCAAGACGGUGGGUUGAUGCAUAUAUGCGAUGCGUUGAAGCAUAAAGAUGUUGCGCAAAAAAGCGCUUUAUCUGCUCUUGUUUUGUGGAACAAUGGAAUAACGAGCAAUGGGAUGGAAUCAAUGGCUAUUGCUUUGAAAAAAAAUGCGAAAUUGAAAACCUUGAAUAUCGGCAGCAAUAAAUUGUCCUUUGAAGGCAUAUUAGCUCUCAAGCCGGCCCUUAUGGUUAAUUUAUCUCUUCAGCGACUUGGUCUUCAAGCGACCAAUUUGUGCUCAGCAAUUGUGCUGGCAGAAUGCAUAGCGGAUAAUCACAUGUUAGUGCGCGUUGAUCUGCGUGAUAAUGCUAGAAUCGGAUCAGCGGGCUUACUUGCCUUACAUCUAGCAAUGAAGAUGAAUACUUCAAUAACAUUAUUAAAUCUCGAUUAUACAUGUACAAAUUCUAAUAAAAUAAAGUACCAAGAUCAGUUCAAGCAUUAUUUUGAUGAAAUAAAAUCAUUUUGUGACCGUAAUAGACAAACGGCUCUUGAGAAACUCUCCGUGCAAUCAUCAUCUAUUAACAGUGAAGGCUCUCAGGUUGAAAGCCCAGUCAUGGAAGAUAGUGGCUUUCCAGCAAAUGAGAUAAAUGAGAUGAAAUCUGUCGACACCGUUGUUAAAGUUGAGGGUGUUAAUGAAAAUUUAUUCAAUAAUGAGGCAUUGAAAAAUAUUCAGUCUGAUUGUAAAUUACAUUGCUCCUCAGUGAAUUCUACAGUGCUGUCCAAUUAUGUUGAUGUAUGUUUUUAA